AUGCUUAUGAAUCUGAAAACACUUGAUUGGGAUGAAUCAACUUUGAAAACAUUAAAGAUCCCUAAAGCCAUUCUACCAAAAAUUGUAAGCAAUGCCGAGGUAAUCGGUCACAUAGGAAAGGAAUGGGUGAUUCCCGGAAUCCCUAUUUCCGGUUGUUUAGGCGAUCAACAUGCAGCAAUGUUGGGUCAAUCUUGUAGGAAAGGAGAGGCAAAAAGCACUUAUGGGACAGGUGCUUUUAUACUUCUUAACACAGGUGAAGAAGUGAUUCCAUCAAAACAUGGUUUGUUAACCACUUUAGCUUUCAAACUUGGGAAAGAUGCCCCUGCAAACUAUGCUCUAGAGGGCUCAAUUGCAAUUGCUGGAGCAGCUGUUCAAUGGCUGAGGGACAGUCUUGGAAUUAUACGUUCCGCUAGUGAAAUUGAGGAGUUGGCUUCACAGGUUGAGUCAACCGGUGGGGUCUACUUUGUUCCAGCUUUCAAUGGGCUUUUUGCACCAUGGUGGCGUGAUGAUGCACGUGGUGUUUGUAUUGGGAUCACAAGGUUUACAAACAAGUCUCAUAUUGCUAGAGCUGUUCUUGAAAGUAUGUGUUUUCAGGUGAAAGAUGUGUUGGAUUCAAUGCAUAAAGAUGCUGGUGAGAAAGGUGAAACGAAAAACGAAAAGGGACAGUUUUUACUUAGGGUGGAUGGAGGGGCUACUGUGAAUAAUACUCUUAUGCAGAUUCAGGCGGAUUUAUUGGUAGCCCAGUGGUGA